AUGAACAAGUAUGAGAAGAUCAGGGACAUAGGGAAAGGGAACUACGGGAAUACGAUUCUUGUGCGCGACAAGAAGAAUGACCACUACGUGAUGAAAAUAAUUAACAUAUCUCAGAUGACCCCAAAGGAAAAAAGGCAGUGCUUGAAGGAGGUGGAGUUGCUGUCCAAGCUGAACCACCCCUUCAUCGUAAAGUAUAUCGAAAGCUACAUAGAGGGGGACACACUAAGAAUUGUCAUGAAGCACUGCAAAGGCGGAGACCUCUACCAUUACAUACAGAACAAGAAGAAGCAGAACACACCCAUAAAGGAAACGCGCAUCCUGAUAUGGCUGACUCAAAUUUUGACGGCGCUCAAGUUCCUGCACUCGAACCAUAUACUGCACAGGGACAUGAAGUCACUGAACAUCCUAAUCGACAACGACAAGCGAGUGCGGCUUUGCGACUUUGGCAUUUCGAAGGUCCUGGAAAACACCCUGGACUACGCCAACACCCUGAUAGGGACGCCCUACUACUUAAGCCCAGAGUUGUGUAAAGACAAAAAGUACAGCUGGCCCUCUGAUGUUUGGGCAACAGGUUGCCUCAUUUAUGAGUUGGCCACGUUCCGCACUCCUUUCCACUCCACCAAGGGGAUUCAGCAGCUCUGCUACAACAUCAGAUAUGCCCCUAUCCCAGACCUGCCGAAUAUAUACUCGAAGGAGCUUAACAACAUUUACAAGAGCAUGUUGAUCCGGGAGCCCAGCUACCGAGCCACAGUGCAGCAGUUGUUGGUGUCCGACAUUGUUCAGAGACAACUAAAAUUGCUGAUUGAGGAGAAAAUUCGGGAGAAGCAAAACAUGAAAAGGCCUUUAAAGGAAAAACCCGCGACUGAAAAUGAAGGGUCGGGUGCAAAUGAGCAGGAGGUUAAGACGUUGCUCCUGGAUGUCGUCGACGCGUAA